GAACUUUAGUAGUUUUAUUUAUUAUUUUUCUGUUUGUACAGUUAAGUCUGUUGCUAGCAAAAUAUCGGAGAAUGGAAACAAAUUAAAGCGUCACCGUAACAUUGGAAAAGAGGCUACUGAAAAUGACAGAUUCAAUGAAAUUCGGUCCGGAAUGGUUGCGCAAUAUGUCAGCCGAGCCCUCGGGCUCUCCCAGUACUUACAACGUCAGCACUGGAGCCCUAAAUAGUUCGAUUGCAGCGCACAGCCUGGGCCACAACGCGACAGCCUCUUCAUCGCGUAAUUUAUUUCCAGAAUACCGGUACGGUCGCGAGGAAAUGCUUUCCUUGUUCGAUCGGAACUGUAUGCUGCCGCAGAUCCUGCCUUCAUUCAAAAAGCUUUUUGUGGAAAAGGUCCAGUAUCCACUUGCUUUGACACCAAGUUCCGAGGAGGACAACAACCAAAAUGUGCUCGGGAAUAGCUCGCGACCUGCCUGGUUGCAGCGAUCGUCUGGUGGAUUUAGUACUGCCUCUCGGGGCACUGGACGUGGUGGGACAGUCGAUCGGGGCCGAAUACGCGGCAAAUCUGUCUAUCAUCCUAUAUACCAACGCCCAAGUGGUCUUUACGAUGAGGGCUUAUCGGUAAUAUCUAUCAAGGCUGAACGCACUUGGAGUGAACGCAACGGAACUGGUGAUUCUGCCGUGACCAACAUCUCUAGUAGUAGCUCAGGUGUCCUUGACUGGAACGGGACUCCAAGCUCAAGUCCUCGAAAAGACUUCUCAAGUCAUCAUCGCAAUAUGGAGAACUGGCGACGAUCACGGAAUGAAGACGGCUCCGGAGACGGUCCAGUUGGCAUUAGUGGUCCCGACAUUGGUGGUUGGAGAAGCGGUGGUGGCGCAGGAAGUACUAAUACAAGUUUUGGUACCAACAGUCAUCGAUGGGGGAGGUCUACAAGUUGGCGCGAUGAAGAUGUUCACGUCGACAAUCCAAGUACUUUGCAACGUUCAAUUUCAACGGUUGGGACUGUAGGCCCGGAUCGAGAGCGGCCUGGAAACAGUAAAUCAUCCGGAAUAGGAGCUGGAGAGGCAGCCGGCUCAUCCAACCCUUCUGUACGACUGUUAAGCUCGAAGACCUCGCCAUUGUGGGCUGUCAAUAAUGUAGUUGGUAAUGGUGGCGAUGACAAUCUUCCUGAAUGGGCUAUGGAAAAUCCAUCAGAGUUGGGUGGUAGUUUUGAUGCUAGUGGAGCCUUUCAUGGUGAUGCUGAUCCUCAAAAUAACAAAAGUUUAAAAGCCAAAGGUUUUAACUCUGAUCAGAGCUUGUCAAAAUCUAAAAGUGAACCCCUUAAUGAGAAUGAUAGUGUAAACGAUAAAACUUCUGAAGUCUCUUUAACGAAUUUAUCGGCUUCGCAGGAAUUACCCGAAAGCCGUUUGUCUCCAGUAAACUCAACAACAAAAACGGAUGUCAUCCAUGGGGAUAUUUCAGAUCGAAUCAAAGAAGUUGCCGAUGAAGUGGAAAAACUUAUAACAGAAGAUGAUAAUAAACCCUUUACGAAUUCAAACCAACUUCAAAGUGAUAGCGGUCACUUUCCUGCUGCGCUGCCAAGCUUGACAGAUAAUGAGUUGAGCACGACACCGAUUUCUGUGAAUCCUUCUAUAGUGCGACAGCAAGUAGCUACCACCAUGCCUAUACAAAUCGCAACUACAAUUUCAGAAGCAACUCAACCAUCUCAUCAGCAUUCAACUGUUCCGUUUUCAAAUCUGGUUGCUAUGCAGCACCAUAACAUGCAACAUCAGCCACAUUUUUCAAUGGUUCCUACGCCACAUUUGAUCAAUCCAAAUCUCAAUGAAUUAUGGUUUUAUCGGGAUCCCCAGGCAAAUGUACAGGGUCCAUUCAGUGCGAUGGAGAUGACCGAAUGGUACCGUGCUGGGUACUUUAAUGAAAAUUUGUUCGUGCGACGAUUCUCCGAUAAUAGGUUUAGACCCUUGGGCGAGCUUAUAAAAUUUUGCCAUGGGAACAUGCCAUUUACGCACAGCCACCUACUUCCUUCGCCGAUGGACUUGGAGAAUCUUCCUGUUGGUCAAAUACCAGCCACACUUUCAGCGGGACUUCCAAUCUCGCCCCGUAAGCAAUCACCAAUUGCUCUCCCGCUGACUGUUGUCGAACAGCAAUUGCAACAACAAAGAUGUGAUCAACUUAAGGCAAAUGUAACCGCAGCCGCUGAAUCUCUAAGUGCAGCAAUUAAAGGAAAUUUAGGAGGAAAUAGCAUCACCACCACGUCCCAAAUUCUUGCAAUGCGAUUUCAGAUGUUACAGGACCAAUACUUACAGCACCAAGAAUACCAAAUCCUGGCAGAGCUAUCCAAAAAUGAAUGCUUUCAACGGCUUUCGGCUGUCGAGAGAGAGGCGGUUGUUCGCCGCAAAGUUCAAGUUCUUGUCCUACCUGAGUAUUUGACCAGUUUAAACGGUCUGAGCAACUCUCUUUCCGUGUUGAAUCCUGCUGCCGGAAGCCAGUUAUAUACUGCGGUGGCUGAACAGGCUAAGAAGGAUCAGCAGCAUAUGUUUGGAAACAGCAACGAGCAGCAAAGAACAGGAGGUAAUCUACUAGAUGCUAAUAAUUUCAUACUAAAUGCUCAAGUUUUGCAUCAGCAAGCUCAGUCAGUAGUUGUUCCGUUAGCAGCAUCCGUGGAAUGUGUUAUGGAAAGUGGAUCUGCAGGCGACCUAAAUAAACUUGAAGAUCAGCCCAGAAAUGAUUUGGACCUAAUUAAUGAAUACAAUUUGCGAAUGCUUUUGCGUGGUCAACCAACAGUUAACCAACAGCAACAACCUUUGCUGCCAACUUCUGGUAACGAAAAUAUCUCUGGAGGAGAUUAUAUAACUGAAACACAAUUGCUAGCGGCUCAAAACUUGAUGAUUCCAAUGUGGUUACCUCCUAGCAAGCAACAACAACCUGACCCACAAUGGCCUGGACUGACUAACGAGAAAGCAACUCUAUGGGAAGUAGGCAACCUACAUGAAGAGCCCAGUGAGGAUCAACAACUUUUAAUGCUCAGGUCUUCGCAAAGCUGCUUUCCAGACACAGUACAGUCUGUCCCAGCAACAACACCAUCGCAAGUUCAACCAGAAAAUAAUUUUAAACACAGCAGUUCAGCGGAAUUAGAACAGCCCCACACAACUGACAAUCUAAAGGAAUCACACAAUCAACAGUUGGUUCAAUCCUUUGCUUCCGAAUCUGAACAUCAAAAUAAGGAGCGAAAUCUACAUCAGCAACAGAUAAAGCAUUCUAGCAAGCAGGUUUUGAAUGUUAAACAGAAUGUGGCACAGAACUUGCCAAUAAAGCGAAUCAAUGAAGAUGACCGCAAACGAGAGCUGGCAGAAGAAAAGAAGCGGCAGAAGGAGGAGCGCAAGCGCCAGCAACUGGAAGAAGAAAAGCGUCGGGCUAUUCUGGAAUCUGAAGAAAAAGCGCGUCAAAUGCAGGAAGAAAAGGAAAGGCAACAGCAAAUACAAGCACAACGUCGAAAAGCAUUGUUAGGUAACGCUCAAUCAGUUCAAAGUGGUAUAAUAGCUACUUCCGUGUCUCCUCAAAGCAAUAAGAAUGACGCUAUCAAAUCGGCUGAGCCGCAGUCCGCAUCGCGGUUACCAUCUACAUCUGUAGCGCCAUGGUCUCUUCAAUCUCCAAAUUCUAACAACACUGCCCCUGGUCUGGCUGAGAUACAAAAGGCAGAGCGUCGGGAGCGCCGUGCAGACCAGCAGCGACACCAGGAACUACUAGAUAAGCAGUUGCGUGCCAAUGCUGCUGCUGCGGCUGAAGCUAGCGAUGCUUUGCUAAAGUGGCAGGCAGCCCCAGCGGCGUCUCCCGUUAUGAGCCUUGCCGAGAUUCAAGCGGAGGAGGCCAAGCGGUUAGCCAACGAAAUUGUGGAUCAGCAGCGUCGGCGCGAACUUGAGCAACACCAACAUGUCGCACUAUCUUCAGCCCAUGUAGGGACGAGUGGAACUACCAACAUCUGGGGAAGCGCUAAUAAGGCAUGGAAUGGUUCGUCUCUUGUUCCAUCGCUUCCAAUAAGAUCAAACACAGGAACUGGACUGUGGGACGAACCAAGUGGAUCAAGUGCUAAUAAUGGAUCUGGAACAAGCAUUGGCAGUACAGUUACUGCGGCCGCAGUUUUGGUAGCUGGACUAAACUCGGCAAAUAAAGCCAAUCAGCCAGCUCAGAACAAAUCGUCGACUUCGUUUGCAUCGCCUCGAAAUCUACGGAAGAGUCAAACAUUGCCAGCCAUUCAUAACACAGGAAAGACUACAAAAAGUGCAACAGGUCAACAACAGGAGAAACAAAAAUUGAUUCAGGUUCGUGCGUGUUCAAAAGUAGCAAUUGCCUCUACAGAGGAGAAAGAUAAAGAGAGAAAAUCUAAUGCUAAAAGUCAUGUGCCGCAAAGCACGGAUGCGACCAUUAGUAAGGUUAAUGAGUAUGAAGGCGAGUUUACUAGCUGGUGUAUGAAGAGCCUAGAUAAUAUGUCCGCCAAAGUGGAUGUACCAACGUUCGUGGCAUUCUUGCAGGAUUUAGAAGCGCCGUAUGAGGUGAAGGACUAUGUACGAAUAUAUCUAGGUGAAGGAAAAGAGUCGUUGGAUUUCGCAAGACAAUUUCUGGAACGGCGCAGCAAGUACAAAAGCUUGCAACGUGCCCAAAAUGCACACAAUGAUGAUAUGUGCAAACCGGCACCCGCCAUAACACCAUCGACAAAUGACUAUGCUGACAGCAAGAACAAGCAGAAAAAGGUUAAGAAGAAUAAGAUGACUAAAAUGGACGCCCGCAUUCUGGGGUUUUCAGUCACCGCCGCUGAGGGUCGCAUAAAUGUUGGCGUACGUGAUUAUGUCGAAGGACCAUAACCACUCUGGAAAGGACAACGACAACUACUAAUUUUAUAUAAAAUUACAAAUCUUAUAAACUGCAGAAUUAAUUUAAAUGUUAAGUCCCAAAUGAAUAUGCGCUAAACCCUGAUACACCUAAAAAAAAAUAUAUAUAUAUAUAUACACAGAAC